GCAUCUGAGUUUUUAGCUCGGAAUCACAAGAGUUGGAAUUCAUGUCAUCUUAUGUCUGUGCAUAUUGACCGCAUUUAAACAGCGAAAUAUCAGCCUGAAUCGCGUCGACCUUUCUGGAAAACGAUCAAAUAGAUUGAUGCACCAUACGCAAGUCUACACCUUUCAACCUAAACUGUCUUCAAUAUGCAUGGGUCUCCCUCUAUGGAGGGACCUUCGAAGGCAGAUUCAGGCCCAUCGGAACAGCUUGGGUAUUCUACGCAGAAUCAAACAUUGAAUCAGCCCCUCCCCAGCAGUGAUCCAGAUUACUCAUAUUAUGAUAAUAGAUACUUAGGAGAUUCUCCUAGCUCUCUUGACCUCGGCUAUGUCUUUCCGGUUCCCUCUCCGGCUCCUCCCUUCUCUAUUCAAGGAACAACGCCUGCUCCACAACAGAGAACCUCAAUCGCCUGCAGAUAUUGUAGUAAGCGGAAGAUCAGAUGCAGUGGCCGGCCAGAUCCACCUGGUGGUAAAUGCAACAAUUGUCAAAGAAUGAAAGAAGACUGCAUAUUCUCUGGAACACCGCGUUCCACAGCCUUUGUCCCUCCUAACGUAGUACCCGGGGCCAUCUCACAGGGUGCCGGCGCUUAUAGUCCUUUCAGUCAACCCUUCGACCCAUUUCAUCAAGAAUGGCAAUUCAAGAGUCCUAGUCCCCAUUUCCAGCAAUCUAGGCAACCUGGUCAGCCCCCCAAGGGGAAAGGCCGUCCGGAAUAUGCAGAUCAGGACGUGACUAGUCAGCAACCUUUCAACCCUCAACCCAUAGCUCCAAACAAGAUUUCACAACUUUUACAGAAUGCUCCAGAAUAUGGAAAUGAUGAAUAUGAAGCAUACCGGCCAUCGCCUACCUUUCAAAACAGGCAGCGAUCACCAGGCCCCCAACAUUCGUCCAACCAGGAUUUCCAACUCGCUGAACGUUUCGCACCUCAAGAUUGGGCAAAGCCACGUGCGAAACUACAAGACCAUGAGCGGCAAGUCAAGGGCCUGUCCAUUCUGGAUGCCCCACUCCCCGAAAGCUUCUUCUCAUUAGCUCCGAAAAAACCAAUUGCGACACUACGAGAGCGUCAGCGGCAAGUUCGACUUCCGUCCGUCCUAGAUUUACCACUCCCCCAAAGUUUCGGACGUCAAGCUCGGGCAGAACCACCUGCGAUACAGCAACAACAUGAGCGCCAGGUUAUUAAGGAGGGCGAGAAGUCUGGACAUGACUUCCAGUCUAAAUUGAGGAAACAACCUGAGGUCUCGAGGGAGCCUAGCGAGCUACCUGAUGCGUCGGGGCUGAGUAUAAGGUCUCAGAACCCUUCAUGCUCGCCAACGGUAUCAUCUGAUAUCGAAGUUGUUUCAGUCUCUGGUGAUUCAGAAGGAACGGACCUACCAGACAGGAACAGUCCAGGAUUCCGGAUCUUUAACCGAGUAUUCCACCGUCUAGCCGUUCUAGGUCAGCACGAAGUGAAAUUGAGGGGUGAAUCAAGCGGAUGUAGUUCAAAGGGAAAACAGCCUGCAAAAAGCGGUUCUGCGAGUUCUUCUGGUACUAGGGAUGGGACAAGCUUGACCCGGGCGCGGAAGAAUCAACGGCAAGAUGACGACCGUGGAAACGAUGGCAGAGAUAAAAGGAACGACCCGCCAUCGAAAAGAGGCAAGAUUAGCCAUUCACAGUGCGAGGGGAGGUCACAGUUUCUGGCAUGUCCAUACUGGAAACAAGACCCUGAAAAGUAUUGGGAUUGCUUCCUGAAGAAGAACGAUACCAUCGCACACUUAAAGCAACACCUAACGCGGCGCCAUACACCGAAAUACUACUGUCAGAUCUGCUACGAAACUUUCAAAGAUUUCAGUCUUUUUGACUUCCAUGUUUUAGAGAGAUCAUGCAUGAGAGGUCCAUCCGCAAAAUUAGAAGGGAUAUCUCAGCAGCAGAAGAACAAGCUGUCAUUGAAGAGUAAGGGUUCAGUUGAACAACAAUGGUAUACAGUAUGGUCGAUCCUAUUUCCUGACACUGAUCCUCCUGCUACGAUAUACAUUCAUUCGACACAGUCCGAAGACUUUUGUCGGAUCCAAGAGUUUGCCCAACGAGAAGGAGUUGCUAUUAUGUUGGAUGAGCUAGACUCUAGUGGGCUUAUAGUCCGACAUGAUACAUCUAACCAACAACUACGAUCGACCGUACAGAGAGCUAUGGUGUCGAUCUUUAGAAGCUACUCGGUCAGACGCGAACCGAAUCUCGAAGAGGCUGAAGAGCCGAGUUUAAACCAGUGUGGCGAAUCAGCCUAUGGGACAUCACUUCAACAGCAAUCUCCUCCGGAAAGCCAGACAGGUCAGGCUGAUCCUAUCCUCAUCGACCUGAACCAGAUGAUGGCGGACGACACAGAUAAUUCUAUACUUGAAAGAUUCAAUAGGCCGAAUAGCAGUACAUGGUCACAAUUGCCAACGAUGACUCCAUGGCUUUCCAGGGAGGCUGUGCAAGAUCACAUUGAAGAGGGGCCAUGGGCCCCUACUUUCUUCGAAGAACCGGCACUCGGGGUAAGCUCUGCAAGGAAUGAUUUAGCUUUCAAUAUUGAGAGUUCGGACAUGUUGGACUUGGAUGCCUUACUGCGAGAUGUGAUAAAUACUGAAGCAUAGUCUAUAUACGAUCGCUAUUAAAAUAACUGUGGCGACUUUGAGCUUAACAGAUCCUGGGCUCGAUCUUGAACAUACCAAUUUACGCUGAGACUAAAAUUCUUCUCAUUUAUAACGUC